AUGUUGUCCUUGCUCAAAAUUUCUAUCUUGGUUGCUUUAUUGGCUGCUAUCACCAGUGGUACUCCCGUUGCAAAGCGACACGAAAAGUACAUUGCUUACCCAGUUGAACGAGGAGACGCCUCUAUCAAAAAGAGAUACGAGCAGGGCAGUUUUGGUGGUUUUCAAGAUGGUCAAGGAUAUUACCUUACCAAGUUGAAACUCGGCUCUAACAAGCAGGAGGUUUCAGUUGUCAUUGAUACAGGUAGCUGGUUGUUGAAUAUUCCACAAGCCGGUUCGCAAUGCCAUGGAACCAAGUGUCUCCCUAAAUAUGCGUUUGAUCCCAAUGAAUCAACAACUUUCAAAAACCUCAGCAAGUUUGCAAAGUCGACUUACGGUGCAGAUCCAGUGUAUGUCUCAGGGUUUCAACUGACUGAUGAUUUUUACUAUGAGGAUGGCAAGAAGCUCCCAAACUUUGAGUUUACUUUGUUGAACCACAGCUUUUUUGAAGAAGGCACUUUUGGCAUUGGCCCAAGCACCGACUCAAACACCUCCUAUGUUAAAGCUGCUAAGAGGGCCGGAUACAUCAACAAAGCUGGGUUUUCACUCUACACAACCAAUGACCAGCAAGGGACUUUUCUUUUAGGUGGAGUUGACAAAGCCAAAUACGAAGGGAACUUGGGUAUUUACGAUGGCAGAUUUUCUAUUCACCCCAAAACUAUAACCACAGCACAGGGUACAACAUUGGACUUUUCAGCUGAAACCCGAUUGGAUACUGGUAACAAUGCCUUGGGAUUGCAUCCAGCUAUCGUUGACCAAAUAAUCAAAGAGGUUAGCAUCGGGAACUCUAUUUCUUGUGAAAUUGCUUUGAGUGGAGACCAGAGUUUGACGUUUGAUCUUGGGCAAGGUGUUCAAAUUGAUGUGCCAUACUCAGAUAUUUUCUACUGGAAUGAAGAUAGAACUGGAUGCAACAGUCGUCUUGCUAAAGCUUCAGGUCAAGGUGCAGUCCAAAAUGUGGGAAUCCCACUUCUCAAACACGUUUAUCUCACGGCCAACUACGAUACAGGAAAAUUUGGGUUGGCUUCAGUUAAGCAUACCGAUGAGAGUAACAUUGUUGAUUUCUGGUUUUAG